CCAGGCAGAGGGUGUGAAGGCCUGGUCACCCUUCGAAAACUCGGGGUCGCACAGCUCUGCAGACGCAGGCCUGUCCUUUUGUCCUGGAGAUGCGUCCCCAGGAGCCAGCAGUGACCACCAGGACCCUGACAGCUGAGGACCAGGAAUGGGUGACUUUCAAGGACGUGGCUGUGGAUUUCACCCUGGAGGAAUGGGGCCGGCUGGGGCCUGGCCAGAGGGAGCUGUACCGGGACGUGAUGCUGGAGAACUACCAGAACCUUCUCUCACUAGGGUCAGGGCCUCUGGGGUCCAAACCUGACGUGAUCUCCCGUCUGGAGCGAGGGGAAGAGCCCAGGAUGGAGAAGAGAGAAGCCCAGCGAGUUACCUGUUCAGACCUGGAGACCAGCUUGGCCAUGACUCAGGGGACACCUCCAGAAAGGAGUAUUUCCGAAGAGGCAGCUUCCCCAGUGGGAAAGAUGGAGGGAGUUUUAAAGGCCAUGCUUGGAGAUGCCAAGUUGGGGGAAUCCUGGAUGUACAAUUGCCACUUGGAGGCCCAGGGAAAGCAGGAGAGGCAUUUGAGGUGUUUGUUUGCUUCUCCCAAGGAAGAUGUCUGUGGGGACAGAGGCCUGGGCUGUAACGAGCUUCAGAGAAGCUCCGGGCGGACCUCAGGUUUCAUCAGGAAGCAGAGAGUGCCCGGGGCAGAGAGGCCUCGGAAAUGGGAUGGGUCGAAAUGCCAAAGGGCCUUUGUAGAGAAGAAGCCCUUUCACUGCCCAGAAUGUGGGAAAGCCUUCGCUUACCAUUCAGACUACACCCUGCACCAGAGAAUCCACACGGGAGAGAAACCCUACAAGUGCAAUGACUGCGGGAAGGCGUUCAGCAACAGCUCGUAUUUCAUUCAGCAUCACAUUAGUCACACAGGAGAGAAGCCCUACGUGUGCAACGAAUGUGGCAAGACCUUUACUCAGAGCUCAUCGCUGACCGAGCAUCAGAGGAUCCACACUGGGGAGAAACCAUACCAAUGCAGGGAAUGUGGGAAGGCCUUCACCCAGAGCUCCUCCCUCAUUAAGCACCAGCGAUGCCACACUGGGGAGAAGCCGUAUAAAUGCGACCAGUGUGGGAAGUUCUACUCUCAGGUGUCCCACCUCACCCGCCACCAGAAAAUCCACAUGGGGUUGAAGCCCUACAGAUGUGGCGAGUGUGGCAAGGCGUUCUGUCACACCUCCUCCCUGACCCAGCACCAGACGAUCCACACCGGGGAGAAACCCUACAGAUGUAACGAGUGCGGGAAAAACUUCAGCCACAGCUCAUCCCUGACCCAGCACCAGCGGGUUCACACGGGAGAAAAACCCUAUGAGUGCUCCGAGUGUGGCAAAGCCUUCAGCCACAGCUCGUCCCUGACUCAGCAUCAGAGGAUUCACACCGGCGAGAAGCCCUACGAGUGUCACGAGUGCGGGAAGGCUUACACACAGAUCUCCCACUUCAUGAGGCACCAGAGCGUUCACAUGGGGGAAAAACCCUUUAUGUGUAAUGAGUGUGGCAAGGCUUUCGGUCACAGCUCCUCCUUUACACAACACCAGAUGACUCACACCGGUGAGAAGCCCUACAGAUGUAACGAGUGUGGGAAAACCUUCAGCCAGAACUCCUCCCUGACGCGCCACCAAAGGAUCCACACCGGAGAGAAGCCCUACGAGUGUAACGUUUGCGGGAAAGCCUAUACCCAGAUUUCCCACCUCAUUCAGCACCAGAGGAUUCACACUGGAGAGAAACCUUAUGAGUGCAGCGACUGUGGGAAAGCUUUUAGUCGGAGCACCCACCUUCUGGAGCAUCAGAAAAUCCACACAGGAGAGAAACCGUAUAAGUGUAAGGAGUGUGGGAAGACAUUCGGUCACAACUCGUCCCUUACUCUGCAUCAGAGGAUUCACACUGGUGAGAAACCCUACACCUGCAAGGAAUGUGGGAAAGCCUUCAACCAGAGCAUUCACCUUAUUCAACACCAGAAAGUUCACACGGGUGGCAGGCCAUGUAGAGAAUGUGGAGAGGAUUUCAGCUGGAGCUCACAGCUGGCCGAACAUCAGAGACUUCACACUGCACACACUUAUGUCUGUGGUGAUUUUGAGAAAACCUUUGUUUGGAGGACGCAGCUUGCUGAUCAUCAGAGAACUCAUGCUGAUUAGAAAACCUAAGAAUGAGCCCUGGCUGGUGUAGCUCAGUGGAUUGAGCGUGGGCCUGUGAACCAAAGGAUCAUGGUUUGAUUCCCAGUCAGGGCACAUGUCUGGGUUGCAAGCCAGUUCCCAGCAGGGGAUGCAAGAGAAGCAACCACACAUUGAUAUUUCUCUCCCUUUCUUUCUCCCUCCCUUUCCCUCUAAGGAUAAA